AUGCCUCCCCCGGCCGCCUCUCCGCCUUGGCCCGCUCCGCCGCGCCGGGGGGCCGCUGAGCGCGGUGCCUGUGUCCCCGCCGCCGGGCCCGGCGGGACGAGGCGGCAGGUGGCGCGGAUGUCGCUUUGGAAAGGGGCGGGCGGUGGCGCAGGCGGAUGCUGCGCUCGCUCCUCCUCCUCCGUCGUCGCCGCGGCCGCCGCCUCCUGCGCCUCCUCGUAUCGCGGCGGUGGCGGGCAGGCUCCGGCCGCGGCCCCGCAGCUUCUCGCCGAGGCGGCGCGGCCUCCGCUUCCUCCUUCCUUGCCUCGGUCGCUGCCCGGCCCCGGCGCGAUGUCGGGCAGCGCGGCGAGCGCCCCUAAGCCCCUCCCGUCCUCCGGGCCCAAGUCGCUGCGGGAGAUGCCGCAUCCCCUGGCCACAUCCAGCAGCGAGGAGAUGGGGCCGACGCUCACCCCCAGCCCCGACCUGCUCCUGCCCCGCAGCAUCGCCGACAAGGAUCUCAGCCUGCCCAAUGGCACACCCGUGGACACUUCUAGCCCGGCCUCCUCCUCAUCUCUCCUCAACAGACUGCAGCUGGAUGAUGACUUGGAUGUGGAAACUAGAGACCUCUUUGUUACUGUUGAUGAUCCCAAAAAACAUGUGUGCACAAUGGAGACAUAUAUUACAUACAGGGUUACAACGAAGACCACACGAGCAGAGUUUGAUUUGCCAGAGUAUUCUGUCCGUCGGCGGUACCAAGACUUCGACUGGUUGAGAAACAAGCUGGAGGAGUCUCAGCCAACGCAUCUUAUUCCCCCUCUUCCUGAAAAAUUUGUGGUGAAGGGUGUUGUUGAUCGCUUUUCGGAAGAGUUCGUAGAGACAAGGAGGAAAGCAUUAGACAAGUUCUUGAAGAGAGUAACUGAUCACCCAGUGCUGUCUUUUAAUGAGCACUUCAACGUCUUUCUCACAGCUAAGGAUCUUAAUGCCUACAAAAAGCAAGGAAUGGCUUUGCUGUCAAAGAUGGGGGAGUCUGUCAAAUAUGUUACAGGAGGCUACAAAUUAAGAAGUCGGCCACUGGAAUUUGCAGCCAUUGGGGAUUAUCUGGACACAUUCUCUCUAAAGCUUGGUACCAUUGAUAGAAUAGCACAACGGAUCAUCAAGGAGCAGUUGGAAUACUUGGUGGAACUACGAGAAUAUGGACCUGUUUAUUCAACCUGGGGAGGGCUGGAGGUUGAGCUAUCAGAGCCACUGGAAGGAGUGUCUGCCUGUAUUGGGAAUUGCUGUACAGCUCUUGAAGAACUCAGUGAGGACAUGACAGAAGACUUCCUGCCUGUGCUUAGGGAAUAUAUAUUGUAUGCUGAGUCAAUGAAGAAUGUUUUGAAGAAGAGGGACCAAGUUCAAGCGGAGUAUGAAGCAAAACUGGAAGCAGUAGCCUUGAAAAGAGAAGACCGUCCAAAGGUACCUGCAGAUGUUGAGAAAUGUCAAGACCGAGUAGAGUGUUUCAAUGCUGACCUGAAAGCAGAUAUGGAGAGAUGGCAGAACAACAAAAGACAAGACUUUAGGCAGCUACUCAUGGGGAUGGCAGAUAAAAACAUCCAGUACUAUGAGAAGUGCCUUACGGCGUGGGAGUCAAUUAUACCACUAUUGCAAGACAAGCCAGAGACCAAAUAAGAAGUACCUUCAUGGACAGUCUAGCACUUCUGUGCGCAGUACCACUAGUCAUACUGGAACUGUAUGGAGGACUCUUUUUGUUAAGUUAACUGAAAUUACAGAUGCACUUAGUUUUUCACAGUAUCUGUUCCAGCCUAUUUGAAUUUUUUUCCUCAAUUUUUGUGUUUAAACUGGGGUAUGUUUCAUCUUUUGGAGUUAUCUUGAAUGGUUCCUUCUUUAUUCUAUGGAGUGAUUGGGGUUCAUAGAGAAAGUGCAUGGGGAUCUUGAUAAAAUUUACCUCUCUAGUCUGGAAGGAAGGAACUGAUGAGUGGAACACUAAAAAGAUGAAAAUAAAACUCUACUGCAAGGUGCCAAAUGA